AAGACCAAAAAAAAAGGAUGAAACAAAAAUAUGGCCUACUUCACCAUUAACAUACAUUUCUUCAAGAUUCCACUAAAACUGUCCAAUACAGAAAGCGAACUUCGUCUCUGCACACAGGAACGUAGAUUUCACGGGACCAAAACCAACCAUCACAUCCUUGCAUCUGGUAUCUGGAGUAUUGUGGCAAUGAGUGACAAGGAGGACCCUGUGGAUGACUGUGAGAGCUAUGACAGCAUGUCGUCCCCUAAGAAGACUGGACAAACAUCACUGCUGGACAGUGGGGAGGACUUCAUGAUUUUAGAUGAAGAGGACAUUGAUGACGAGCCCCCUCCUCUGGAAGAUGCCGGAGGAGGGAAAGACAAAAAUACAGAAUCUAUAAAGGAGAAAGUCGAGGCGGCACCGCUUCCUGCAAAUAAAACGGAGGAGUGGCUCGAUGUUUUAGGUAAUGAGCGUUUGAAGAAAAAAGUCUUGGAGGAAGGACAGGGACGAGACAGUCGGCCACAGAAAGGACAGAAUGUGGUAAUCAAUCUGAAGACCUGCCUGAAGGAUGGGACUCCUGUUGAUGAGCAGACUGGCCUGACAUUCACUUUGGGAGAUGGUGACGUCAUUCAGGCUGUGGAUCUGACAGUGCAGCUCAUGGAAAUGGGAGAAAAGGCCCUCAUUCAUACGGAUGCAAUAUAUGCAUAUAGCAGCUUUGGAAGUCAAGACCCAGCUAUUCCACCUGAUGCUGAGCUGUCUCUAGAAGUUGAACUCCUUGAAGCUAAAGAUGCUCCCGAUCUGGAGCUUCUGACUCCAAGAGAAAAGAUAGCACUUGCCAAUUCGAAGAAGGAGAAGGGCAACGCUCAUUUUCAGCGUGGAGACUAUGCCUUUGCAGUGAACUCGUACGGCAUUGCUCUGCAGAUAACAGAGUCUAGUUCUAAAGUUGACAUCGUUCCUGAGGAGGAGAAUGAGCUGAUUGAAGUAAAAGUAAAGUGUUUAAACAACAUGGCUGCUUCGCAGCUGAAGCUGGACCGCAAUGAUGCAGCCCUCAAAUCCUGUGUCUCUGCCUUGGCCCACCAACCGGAGAACAUAAAAGCACUUUUCCGCAUGGGCAAGGUAUUGGCCUCACAAGGUGAAUAUGAUGAAGCCAUUCAAACUUUGAAGAAGGCACUGAAAUUGGAACCAAAAAACAAGAUGAUCCACGCAGAGCUCUCCAAACUAGUGAAGAAGCACUCAGAGCAGAGAGGAGCUGAGCAGGCCAUGUACAAGAAGAUGCUGGGAAAUCCAGCCAGUAUCAACAGCAGCACACAGAAGCAUCCAGCCAAGUCAUCAUGGGGAGUUAGCUGGAAGUGGCUGUUUGGUGCCACUGUAGUAGCCAUUGGUGGUGUAGCAUUAUCUGUUGUCAUUGCUGCUAGAAACUGAACCAAACCUGGAGUUGUGAGUUAUGACCCCUGGCCCCUACAGUGUGAGAGCCUCAAUGUGCAGGAGCACAACUGGCAGGAGCAUUUUAAUUUGGUAAUGAGAACAGGGGUGGAAAUGCCAGUCGGGUCGGUCGUCUCUUCACUAUCUCUCUGGUUGCUCUGCACUUAGACAAGUACACAUGAUGAAUAAAAGAACAUUGUUCUAAAUAUGAAAAAAUAACUCCUCGUUACAUGUAAGAAUGUGUAGAUCUUUGACACUGGUUUCUUUUGCUGCCGUUGUUUUUUGUUUUGUCUUGCAGAAAUACAGUUUCGUAAAAUGAAGUAAUAACUAGAUUAACAUUGGUCUGUUUAUAGGUAUUACAGAUUUGAUGAAAACCCCAAGUCUGAACAAGGGUCAUUGAUUCACGUGGACACAGCAAAUACUCAUUGCGUUAUGCUUCUUGUGUUCUAUCAUAAUUGUAAACACAUUAGAUUUCAUUGUAACGCUAAUAUGCUCUGUACCCAAGUAUGUCAGCAAAACCUUUAUUUUCCUGCACAUCAUUCCAAAAUGACCUGGCUUAGGUAUACAGAAAUGCAUUUAUAACCUCUCAGUGGUGCAAUGAGUUUUGCUGUAGUAUGGCUAAGAAUAGUUCUGGUGGGUGAGUUUUCCUUUGAAGACCAAAUGCUGAAAUGUUACCCCUCAGGUAUAAACCUUGGGUAUGUGCGCUAUGUGUUUUUUUGUUUGUUUGUUUGUUUGUUGUUUUUUCAUCAUUUCCUCAUGUGCUGUUAGGGUCCUCCUAAGUUGUACUGUGUUUUGUUAAUUUAUUUGAUUGUUCUUUUCACGUGUUUUCAUAAUAUAGACAAACAUUAUGCCACUGUGAGAGCCAAAACGGUUGAUGAUAAAUGAGGUGAUUUCAAAAGGUCCUAGCAUGGUCUUUAUUUGUUAAUUUUAUAUUUAUAAUUCUAAUAAAAUUAGUCAAUUUCCAAA